CCAGGGUACAGGAGAAGAGACGAUGUUUUUCUUUCUUUUUUCAGUCAGCGGGAAUGCCAGCACCCCAGAGUUUAAAAAAAAGAAAAAUAGUGAGUGCCUCCUGCGACUCAGGCACGAGGUAAAGGGCUUUAAGUAAGAUUAUUCUCCCCAUUUCACAGAUGACGAAAUUGAGGUUUCCUAACAGGUUCUGGCUUGGGUUCUCGCUACCUGGUGCUGGCAAUAGAAGGGGGAAAUUCCUGUGAAACUGUGCGAUCUCUUCCACCAAAGGGCCUCCUUAACAGCUGUCCUGCCGGCGUCGCCAGCUGCCCAGCCAGUUCCUGUCCCUUUCGGAGCCCGCGCUCGCCCCGCCUGAAGCUCCUGGAGUCUGCCCUUCUCCUGGGCCCCAGGCCCACCGCAGGCGGAAUGGAGUUCUCAGAGCUGAUCCGUACUGGCCGGGCCCAAGCUGAGCUCCUGCGGGGCCCUGGGGCGCCCCCGCUGCGCGGCACGCUGUGCGUCACCGGCCACCACCUGCUGCUGUCGCCAGGGCCCCAGGCGACUUCAGACUUGUGGCUGCUGCUGUUGCGUAGUGUCGACUCCAUCGAGAAGCGGGUCGCGGGUGACUCCGGCACCAUCACGCUGCGCUGUAAAGACCUGCGAGUGCUCCAGCUGGACAUUGAGGGCGUGGAAGCGACGCUGGACAUUGCCCGCUCCAUCGAGGCGCUGUCCUCCCUGGAAUCGGUCAUCACCUCCUUUCCAUUCUUCUACCGUCCCAAGGGCUUGAGAUUGGGCGACGCCUGGCACUUCCACCCGCCCGAACACCACUACAAGCGAGUAGCUCGCGAGACCAACGCGUGGCGGCUGAGUGAGGUGAACGAGGACUUCAGCGUGUGCCCCAGUUACCCCCGCGCCGUGAUCGUGCCUCGCGCGGUGGAUGACGAUGCCCUAGCGCGCAGCGCCCGCUUCCGCCAGGGAGGCCGCUUCCCUGUGCUCAGCUACCACCACGCUCCCAGCGGAACCGUGCUGCUACGUUCCAGCCAGCCCCUGACCGGGCCCCAGAAGCGGCGCUGCGCUGAGGACGAGGAGCUGCUGCGAGCUGUGCUGGCGGGGGCUCGCCCUGGGGCCCGGGGCUUCAUCGUGGACACGCGUUCGGCCCAGGCCGCCAAGCAGGCCCGCAUGACUGGCGGCGGCACCGAGGCCAAGGCCGCUUACCCUGGCUGGAAACGGCUGCACCGGCCCAUGGAAAGGGGGCGGCCCCUCCAAGAGAGCUUUGUGCGCCUGGUGGAGGCCUGUGGGGACCUGGAGCAGAGCAUGGACCGCUGGCUUAGUCGACUAGAGGGCUGCCGCUGGCUGGCACAUGUGAAGGAGGCUCUGAGCACCGCCUGUCUGGCAGCACAGGGCAUGGAGAGGGAAGGGGCCUGCAUCCUGGUGCACGGGGCUGAAGGCACAGACAGCACCCUGCUCGUGACUUCACUGGCCCAACUCAUCCUGGACCCCUUGAGUCGGACCAUGACUGGAUUCCAGGAACUGGUGGAGCGGGAGUGGAUCCAGGCCGGCCACCCCUUCCAGCUGCGCUGUGCCCACUCGGCCUUCUCCCACGCCCGCCCCAAGCACGAGGCACCCACCUUUCUCCUCUUCCUGGACUGCGUGUGGCAGUUGGGUCGCCAGUUCCCGCUGUCGCUGGAGUUUGGGGAGGGGCUGCUGUUGGCGCUGUUUGAACACGCCUAUGCCUCCCCUUUUGGCACCUUCCUCUGCAACAGCGAAAAGGAGAGAUGCCUGUGUGAAGUGAGGACUCGAACACACUCCUUGUGGUCUGGGCUCAACCAGCCAAAAGAGCAACGGAAACUCCGGAACCCGCUCUACGUCCUCAAUCCCUUGGCCCUCUGGCCCUCUGUGGAGCCCCAGAGUCUGCGACUGUGGCAAGGCCUGUUUCUGCGCUGGACCCGCCCACCUGAGCCUUCAGAGGCAGCGUGGGAGAAGGUGUGGCAAAUAGUGACAGAUAAGGAGAAGACAGAAGGCUCUCAGCCAACAGUGUCAGCCUCUGAGCCCCAGCCCUGAGCGCUGGCUCCUUGGAUAGUGGCUGAGACGUUCCUGAGACCUCUCCAGGACCCUCAGCACCUCUGGACCUUGGAUGAGGGUGCCUGCAACCCAGCCUAGCCCAUAAUACUGAAGUUCCAGGUGGGAAGUAUUCAAAGUGAAGGGAGAAGGUCCAAAUAAUAAAGGCAUCCAUGAUUGGCAUCA